AUGUUUCAUAUUGUGUUGUUCUUUCAUUUUUUAGGUCCUCCAGUAAAUGUUACUUGCAACAUUUUUAUCAACAGCUUUGGUUCCAUCACAGAGACCACCAUGGAUUAUCGGCUGAACGUUUUUCUACGGCAGCAGUGGAAUGACCCACGGCUGGCUUAUAAAGAGUAUCCAGAUGAUUCCCUGGAUCUGGACCCAUCCAUGCUGGACUCCAUCUGGAAGCCAGACUUGUUCUUCGCCAAUGAAAAAGGCGCCAACUUUCACGAGGUCACCACGGACAACAAACUGCUGAGGAUUUUCCAGAAUGGAAAUGUGCUGUAUAGCAUCAGACUCACUCUGAUUCUGUCGUGUCCUAUGGAUCUGAAGAACUUUCCAAUGGACACACAGACCUGCACUAUGCAGUUAGAGAGCUUUGGCUACACUAUGAAUGAUCUGAUAUUUCAGUGGUUGGAUGAAGGCCCAAUGCAAGUGGCUGAUGACCUUGUGCUGCCCCAGUUUGUCCUGAAAGAGGAGAAAGAUCUGGGAUACUGUACAAAGCACUACAACACUGGUCAAUUCACCUGUAUAGAGGUGAAAUUUCAUCUAGAGAGGCAGAUGGGUUACUACCUGAUCCAGAUGUACAUUCCCAGCCUCUUAACAGUUAUCUUGUCAUGGGUUUCCUUCUGGAUCAACAUGGAUGCCGCCCCGGCCCGUGUUGGCCUGGGCAUCACUACAGUUCUCACAAUGACAACACAGAGCUCUGGAUCCAGAGCAUCACUGCCUAAGGUGUCCUAUGUGAAGGCCAUUGACAUCUGGAUGGCAGUGUGCUUGCUGUUCGUCUUUGCUGCUUUGCUGGAGUACGCAGCAGUUAACUUUGUCUCUCGGCAACAUAAAGAAUUCUUCAGACUGAGGAGAAAACUGCGGGAAGAGCAACGCUAUAGAGCUGAAGAGCGGUUAGCCUCAGAGAAUCAGGACUUGUACUUCCCGGGAUACGGGAUGGACAGCUGUCUGUCUGGGGAUGGGCCUCUCUCUGAGGCUGCUGCCAUGUUUGCGGGCCUGCCACCUGGCCACGUUCUGUUUGACAUCCGCCGCCGCUUCGCGGAACGAGCAAAGCGGAUCGACACCAUCUCGCGAGCCGUCUUCCCCCUCAGCUUCCUCGUUUUCAACGUGUUCUAUUGGAUCACGUACAAAGUGCUUAGAAAUGAGGACAUUCACCCUGCCCUGCAACCCUGACUCCUUUUAAGACUUCUGAACUUCCCAGUAUCCCAU